UGCACUAAGCUCCCAUCUCGUCGCACUAGUCUUUGACAGCUUAGAAAUCUUGCCGAAGAAGAAGAUGGGAGUAUUCACAUUCGUUUGCAAAAGCAAAGGCGGGGAAUGGAGCGCUAAGCAACACGAGGGAGACCUCGAAGCCUCCGCUUCUUCCACCUACGAUCUCCAGCGCAAGGUUGUUCAGACUGCUCUCUCCGCCGAUUCCUCCGGUGGCGUUCAGUCUUCCUUCUCUCUCGUCUCCCCUACCUCCGCCGUCUUCCAGGUGAUCAUUGGUGGUGGUUCUGGAGGAGGAUUUGCUGCCGGUGGAGGUGCAGCAGCUGGAGGCGGUGGUGGAGGUGAGGCCGCCGCAGCCACAAAGGAGGAAGAAAAGAAAAAGGAAGAAUCUGAAGAGGAGGAAGGCGACUUUGGAUUUGAUCUCUUUGGUUAAUGCUCUUUCGAAGGUGUUACUUUUUGAGGUUUAUUUGUUUCUCUUAUCUGAAUUGUGUUUUUUCGAUUGAACCUUUAUGCAAGAAAGACUACAAUGUCAGAAAUAUAUGUUUUGUUUCUUGUUUCAACCCA